AGCAAGAGAAGGGAGAAGCUUACGACAGUGACAGAAGGCCUAGUGUGUAAAGUUUAAUAAUUUAUUUGAAGGACCGGAUUGGUUUUGAAUUUCUGUAAUCAAGUACAAAAAUUGUAUAAUAACCUGAAUUUAAUUUAUUUUAUUAUUUAUAACUAAAAUGCAUUGUCUAAAAGGUGGCUUUCUAACUCAGACUUGCAAAGUCUUUGGUUCUAGGUUUCAGCGGGGAUUUUCAAAGGCAGCUGCUGGUGGAGUUGAUGUAGCCGUUGAUUUAAAAGGCCAAAUAGAUGCUCGACCUUUAUAUUUGGAUUUCCAAGCAACAACACCACUGGACCCUCGAGUGUUAGAUGAAAUGCUUCCGUAUUUAUGCCAACAUUGGGGAAAUCCACAUUCACGAACUCACGCUUAUGGAUGGGACAGUGAAAGGGCAAUGGAACAUGCUAGAAAGCAAAUAGCUGAACUGAUCGGAGCAGACCCCAGAGAAAUUAUUUUCACAUCAGGAGCAACAGAGUCGAAUAACCUUGCAGUCAAGGGUGUGGCUAGGUUCUACGCUAGCAAGAAGAAACACGUCAUCACCACACAAACUGAACACAAAUGUGUGUUGGAUUCGUGUCGUCAGCUGGAAGGGGAGGGGUUCCAGGUGACGUAUUUGCCUGUGGACGACGGAGGUCUGAUAAGUCUGGAACAGCUGGACAAAGCUAUCACAGAGCAGACGUCUCUGGUGUCCAUCAUGACUGUCAACAACGAGAUCGGCGUCAUACAGCCAAUCGAAGAAAUAGGAAGGCUGUGUAAGGCAAAGAAGGUCUUCUUUCACACAGACGCAGCACAAGCUGUUGGCAAAAUACCUUUAGAUGUCAAUAACCAGAACAUCGACUUGAUGUCCAUCAGUGGUCAUAAAAUUUAUGGUCCAAAAGGUGUGGGAGCUCUGUAUGUCAGACGUAGACCUCGUGUGAGAGUAGAGCCUCUACAGAACGGAGGAGGACAGGAGCGUGGCCUGAGGAGUGGCACUGUGCCUACCCCACUGGCUGUAGGACUAGGGACUGCUUGUCAGAUUGCACAGGAAGAAAUGGAGUACGACCAUGCUUGGAUGGAGAAGCUGUCAACUCGUCUGAUAGACACCAUCAUGUCAGAGCUGCCAAAUGUUAUCAGGAACGGUGAUCCUGACCAUGUAUAUCCUGGCUGUGUAAACCUCUCCUUUGCCUACGUUGAGGGUGAAUCACUACUGAUGGCACUGAAGGAUGUGGCGCUGUCUAGCGGCAGCGCGUGUACAUCAGCCUCCCUGGAGCCUUCGUAUGUUCUACGAGCCAUCGGAACUGAUGAAGACCUGGCCCAUUCCUCCAUCAGGUUUGGAUUUGGAAGGUUCACAACAAUGGAAGAGGUAGACUACACAGCUGAACGGACAAUUAAACAUGUCAAGAGGCUGAGGGAAAUGAGCCCCCUAUGGGAAAUGGCACAAGAGGGAAUUGAUCUAAAAUCAAUCAAGUGGUCUCAACACUAAAUUUCUACAGGACAUUUUCCACAAUCAACAACCUGAUAAAAUUAGUGUAAAAUUAAGCAUGUCACUUAUUGUUGCACUCAUAUUUUUAGAAUAAUGAUUUGAAGACAUAAUUACAAUAUACCCGUUGGCUGUAAAAAUGUUCUGUUUCUAUAUUUAGAAUAUAGUGUAAAGUUGAUGUAUAUGAAAUAAAUGUGAUACUUUAUUUUA